UGUCAUAAGAUGAAUAUCUCUCUCUGCGUGACAAUACGAUUACAACUUAGAGGCAUUUUAUCUUCAAAACUUAAGUGGAAUUAAUGGAAAUUAUUAUAAUAGAUUAAGCUGAUGAUCUGUUGGGCUAAUUAGCAGAUUUGAACCGUUAUUUCAGAAGUUCGUCAACAGGAAUAUUCCGGAUCCUUUUGGACCUCAGAGUGAUAUGAGGGGAACAACCCCAAUGUAACAGGCACAGCUGUCAGACUGAAAGAAACAAGAGCUGAUCACUAAUUCAGAGACAGACAGGUAGUCAGACAGACAGGCAAUCUGAUGCCAACGGUGUCCUCCGUGACUCUCACGGGACGACUCCUCCUGCUGUUGCUAUGGGCACCCCACCUCACCAUGGCAAGCAACUGGCUUUCUCUGGCACGUCUGCCGCGCUCGCGUCCUGUGUCUGGUGCAGAACCAUGUGGCCGUCUGAGGGGGUUGACACCAGGCCAAGUCGGGGUGUGCCGGGCACGGGGGGAGGUCAUGGAGUCCGUGAGAAAGGCUGCAGAGAUGGUCAUUGAGGAGUGUCAACACCAGUUUCGAAACCGGCGCUGGAACUGUUCCACCACCCCUCGCGGGAUCAAUAUUUUUGGACGAGUCAUGAACCAAGGCACCCGUGAGGCUGCUUUUGUCCAUGCUCUUUCAUCAGCAGCAAUCGCUGUAGCUGUGACUCGGGGCUGUAGCAGGGGAGAACUGGAGAGGUGCGGUUGUGACCGAAAGGUCAGGGGGGUCAGUCCUGAAGGUUUCCAGUGGUCUGGCUGCUCUGAUAAUCUGUCCUAUGGCGUUGCAUUUUCUCAGACGUUUGUGGAUGAGGCAGAGAGAGCUAAAGGAAUGUCAUCAGGGCGGCCGCUAAUGAACAUUCACAACAAUGAGGCAGGACGAAAGGCGAUUCUUCAUAACAUGCAAGUUGAGUGUAAGUGUCAUGGUGUUUCGGGGUCCUGUGAGCUCAGAACGUGCUGGAAGGUCAUGCCUCCGUUCCGCCGGGUCGGUGCUGUGCUGAAAGAACGCUUUGAUGGGGCCACAGAGGUUCGGCUGACACGUGUGGGCUCUCGGACAGCCCUCCUUCCUCGGGACCCCCAAGUGAAGCCACCAGCCGCACGGGACCUGGUCUACCUAGCCCCUUCACCAGAUUUCUGCCGCUUGGAUCCAGACAACGGCAUUCCUGGCACUGCAGGACGACGGUGUAAUGGAACCUCACGGUUGGCACCAGACGGAUGUGAACUGCUAUGCUGUGGCCCAGGUUUUCGAGCAGGCCGGGCUGAGGUGGUCCAGCGCUGCUCCUGUAAGUUCUCCUGGUGCUGCUCGGUUCGCUGCCAGCAGUGUAAGAACACAGUGCUCAUACACACCUGCCGAGAAUGAGACGUACCUGGAAAAACCGCACAACCACACCAGAAGCACCUCAUCUCAUGCCAGCCUGCAUUGAUGCCCACAUGAUGAACACCAAACCUGCUCCACUUAAAACAUUCUGCAUUAUGCCUCCUAUUUGGUGACUUUAAAGUUCUUUCCGAUGUGACAUUACAUUAUAUAAUUAUUUUAAUCUCCAAUUGCACUCUUGCUUAAAAGGAACAUGCAGACGCUAUUACAUUUCUUAAAUGCUACAAAACCAGUAACUAACAUACUCAGACAACGCUCUUAAAGCUGAGAUUAACCUCUGAAUAAUAGCAGAAGAAUAAUGUUAGUUUAGUCUGAGGCCUUAGCAUGUAAUUCUAGAGUCUCUCUCCCUGUUUACUGUAUUUAUGAAUUUCUUUUCAGUUUUGCUGAUUGUGUUUAUUUAUUUGACUGCAUCAUGCCACUGUGGCAUUAUCUCUGGAUGGAAAGUUCCACCUGCAAACUCUUUAGCUGCAUAGAGGCUCAUUUAUUGCCAUUAUCUCAUCUUUAUGGCCUAAAAUAAAGUUGUUGACAUCCUACACGUGGAAAGGUGUGUUUGUUAAUUAUGGAUUGACACAUUUUAAAUUAAUAAAUUUAAAAAAAAAUGUUGGGCUCAGUAGCUAGUCUCUUAGGGUCACCAGAACUAUUUAUUCAAUCAAAAACAACUUUUUUAGCUAAAACACAACAUUUAUGCAUAUAUAUUAAGUAAUUUAUUAUGGUGGUGACAAAGCUGAAUUUUCAGCAUCAUAACUCCAGUCUGAAUCCUUCAGAAAUCAUUCUAAUAUGCUGAUUAAGUGCUGGAGAAAAAUGUAAUAGUAAUGGUAAAAACAGUUGUGUUGCUUCAUAUUUUUGUGGAAACUGUUUUUAUCCAAAACUCUUUAAUAAAAUAUUAAGCUCAAAAGAAAAUAAAUCUUUUGUAACAUUGUAAAGGACUCCACUUGCCACUUUUGAUGAAUUUACAGAUCCUUCCUGAAUAAAAGUAUUAAGUUUCUUAAAAAAAUAAAUAAUUCUUACUGACCCCCAAACUUUUGAAUGGCAGUAUGCUUAAUUGGCAGACACUAAACAAUCACGUAAUCUUCUAAAGAACAGGAUAGAAAUACAGCUGCGAGUCAGUGGCACCACUUUUAUUACAAAUAUAGUGAGAUUCCAAACACCGCAGAACUUGACUAAGAAAAGGCCAUAUUUCAAACCAUCAUCAUCAUCGGUUAUCCUCCUCCUUUUUAUUCACACGACUGUUAAGAUUGGUUAUUCAAAAUAUUACAUUUUUAAUUGUUAUUUUAUUAAUAAAUGACAAUCAAAUGGUACUCUAGCGAAACAAUAAAAAUAAAAUAAAAUGCCUUUUAAAAAAAAAACUCAAGUUUCAAAAUGUCACCACUAUUCAUUCACCCAAGAGUAAAACAG